AUGGCUCAAACUUCCAACUCCAAAGGUCAAAAUAUCAAGAAAGUUAACGCCAUCUCUACUCGAAGUGGUAAGAAUUCACACACGCCAUUGACAAAUAGUACCACUUCGAGUAAUAAAGAAUCGGCUCAGAAGAAAGAAGAGCCAACAAAAAUUUCGGUAAAGGUGCCUUUUCCCCAAGCUCUCCGACCUGCUGGGAAAGUGCCAGAAAAUCAAAGUGAGAUCCUGGAGCACUUGACACAAUUGAAGAUUAAUCUUCCCUUACUACACGUAAUCAAGCAAGUGCCGGCCUAUGCCAAGGUUAUCAAGGAUCUGUGCACCAUAGAGAGAAAGCACCACGUCAAGAAGAUUGCAUUCUUGACGGAACAAGUGAGCACGAUGAUUGAGCAAAGACACCGCCGAAGUAUAAAGAUCCAGAUUAAGCCCACAUCUGUGGUUCUGCAACUGGCCGAUAGAUCCAUUAAGAGACCACGGGGAAUAGUGGAAGAUGUUUUGUUGCAAGUCGACAAGUUUUAUUACCCCGUGGACUUUUUUGUCUUGGAUACACAAUCCGUGGUGAAUAUGGAGUCAUCCAUUCCCAUCAUUCUGGGAAGACCUUUUCUUGCCACAGCAAACGCACUUAUCAAUUGUAGGAAUGGUCUCACGAAGAUAUCUUUCGGGAAUAUGACCCUUGAGGUGAAUAUUUUUCAUAUUCAAAAGCAACCACGCGAUGGCGACGAGUGUCACCAAACAUUUAUGAUUGACACACUUGUCGAGGAGGAGGUUCUGCCGCAAAGUAACUUUAAAGAUCUUAAAAAUCUCUUCCAAAAUUCUGAAUAUGAGAGUUCCGAUCCUUGUGAGGUGGCUACCAUUCCUGCCAUUUUCAAAGAAUCACAGGACAGAGGAACUAAGUUUGGGUCACCAUGUUUUCAGGAGCUCCCAACAGAAGGAGAAAAACCGAAAUCAUCCACUGAGGAGGCUCCAAAAGUCAAGCUAGCCCAACCACCUGAGGGCUUAAAACAUGCAUUCUUGGGAGAUGAAGACACAUUCCCAGUCAUCAUCUCAUCUAAACUCAAUCCAUUGCAAAAACAACGAUUGAUCAACAUGCUGAAAGAGCGCAAUUCUAGGAUCAAGGUCGCGGUGGACUGGCAUGUUCGUAGUAAAAUGCAUUUUCCCAAUGGUGCUGUUGAGGUUGAGAACCCGACCGAUGGGAGAAUAUUCAAAGUAAAUGGCCAGCGUCUGAAAAAUUACUUAGAGCGGGUGAACCAGGUUGAAGAGAUCAUUCUCAACGACCCUAUUUACCAGCCCUGA